AUGGGUGAAAACUCGGGCUCAGCAACUAUCAAAGCUGAUAUUCUCAUCCGUGCCGGGUCUAUCUACACCCUAGAACCGAGGAUUACACCGAAGAAAAGCUUGGCUAUCAAAGGCAGAUUCAUAUGGGCAUUAUCUGACGACCGUCAUGGAUUGGAUAACUGUAUCGGACCUGAUACUCAUGUACUUAAUUAUCCGAAUGGAACAGUAUUACCGAGUUUCGACGAUACCCAUACUCAUCUCAUCUUUGCCGGAUUGAGUGCAUUCGACGUCCCCGUGCACGAUGCAUCAACUAUCGAUGAACUUCUUUAUGCGAUCCGGGAACGGACGCAGAUUACGCCUGCCGGAAAAUGGGUAGUUACAGCGGCCAAUUUCCAAGAGCAUAAUUUACGCGAGCAAAGACUGCCAACACUCCGGGAAUUGGAUCUUGUUAGUCGAGAUCAUCCGAUAGUUGUGCGGCGAGGAGGACACAAUCUUGUUGCUAAUUCUUAUGCAAUGAACUUGGCCGGAGUUACACCCGAUACUAAAGCGCCUGGAGGAGGACAUAUAGGUCUGGACGAGGAGGGAGGUCUGAAUGGGCUACUCCAAGAUACUGCCGUCGUCCUUAUGGAUAGGAUAAGGCCCAGCGCGAGUAUGGAAGAACGUGUCGAGGGUAUUCGUCAAGCAUCCGCGUCCUACGCCGCCACAGGCACAGGAUGCGUCCGGGAUUGCGCUGUAUCCCUGAAAGAUCUAGAAGUGUUACGGACUACCCACGACGCAGGAAAACUCCACGUCCGUAUACGCGCGUUGAUAUCGGCGAUAGGUCUAACGACUGUAUCCGCCGUAGACCAGCUUUUAACCGAUAUGGAGGCAUACCGUUCUCUUCAGACAGAUCCGUGGUUACAAAUCUGGGGCGUGAAAUUCAUGCUCGAUGGAGGUAUUGAAUCUGCCGCUCUGGAAACACCUUAUAUCGCUGCACCGCCUCAUUGCUGUGCGCCUGCUGAAUACAUCAGAUUAACCUUCUGGGAUCCCAAGGAACUCACUGAUGCCAUGGAUGCGGUGGUCUGUAGGGGUUGGCGUGUAGGAUGUCACGCAUUCGGUGACAGGACGGUGGGGAUACUUCUUGAUGUCUACGAGGAAAUUCUCAGGCGACAUCCGUAUCUUCCUAUUAGUACACUUGUGCUUGAACACGGUGGUUUGGUUAGUCCUGAGCAACAGAAGCGUGCCAUUCGACUGAAAAUCCCGGUUACCAUCCAGCAUCCUCUAUUACACGACACAGCGGGGAUUUUAUCUCAUUAUUGGGGCUCGGAACGUGUUGAAAAGCUCUUUCCCGCUCGGUCAUGGCUGGAUCAAGGUGCGUUGUUGGCUGGGGGAUCGGAUUACCCAGUUGGAUCGUUUGAUGCCAUGCGAUCUAUUUGGGGCAUGUCCAGUCGGGAAACUGUAGCAGGUACCCUCGGAGUUGCUCAAGCCAUCACACCCGCAGAGUCGGUUUCGCUUCAUACCACCUUCGCUGCGGACCUAUUGCGAGAGAGUGACAGGAGAGGCCGAUUACUCCCUGGAUAUUUUGCGGACCUGGCAGUAUGGCCGGAGGAUCCCUUGCGGGUACAGGACUUUUCCAAACUCAGGGAUAUGUUGCCUCUUUGCACGAUAGUCGGAGGAAAGAGUGCGGAAGAUGAUUGGCGUAGGGAGGUGUUUCACUAA